ACAAAAAACAGCUGAUCUGUUGCUGGUGGCGAAUAUUGACAAUGAAUCGAUUUUUGCAAAUUUUCGGAAAGCAAAGAUGCAAAGUAAUUGGCAUGAUACAUGUGGACGCGCUGCCAGGCACGCCACGCUACGCCGGCAAUUGGCCGCAAAUCAUUGAAAAGGCCAUCCACGAGGCUCAUCUCUACAAAAAACACAAACUGGAUGCUGUGCUCAUUGAGAACAUGCACGACGUACCGUAUUUGCCGGAGCGUCAAUUGGGCCCGGAAAUAGUUGCUGGCAUGACACGAUUGGCGCAGGCAGUGCGCGGCGCAAUGCCAAAUGAGACUCCCUGCGGCGUUCAAGUGCUCGCCUGUGGAAACAAACAGGCGCUAGCUAUCGCCAAGGCCAGUGAGCUGCAGUUUAUACGGGCGGAGGGAUUUGUUUUCGGUCAUGUGGCAGAUGAGGGUUACACAGAUGCUUGUGCUGGCGAGCUGUUACGCUACAGACGUCAAAUUGAUGCCGAGAAUGUACUCAUUUUUACGGAUCUCAAGAAAAAGCAUAGCUCACAUGCCAUCACUGCCGAUGUUGAUUUACUGGACACAGCGCAUGCUGCAGAGUUCUUCCUUACCGAUGGUAUUGUCAUUACGGGCACUGCUACAGGUUCAGCGGCCAGUCCCAAGGAUCUGGAACAGCUGGCGGGCAAGGUGAAAGUGCCACUACUCAUUGGAUCUGGCGUAACGGCGGAAAAUAUUGCGCUCUACUUUUGUGAUGCACAGGCCGUUAUCAUUGGCUCCCAUUUUAAGCGUAAUGGCAGCUGGAAUGAGGAUAUUAGUGAGCAGGCUGUUGAAAAAUUCAUGGGUAAGAUUUGUCAACUGCGACAUGCUGUGUAAAUAAAUGCAUUUAUUGAUCGAAAUAUCGGUGGUAAAAAUGAUAA